AGAGAGCGUAAAACCCCGCGCCAUUUUCAGAUUCCACUGAGAUAAACGGGAGUCCUUCAGUAUUGGGUGCGCGGGAUUUUUUUGUACUGAGGAAGCUGAAGCUCUACCAGACUAUCCGAGGAUUGACCUCCCAUGGGGAAGGGGAAGAGGAACCAAGCCAUCGUUAUUUCGUCAUCAUCAGACGACGGUGAAGAUAAAAGUAGCAGUGGGUUAUCGAAAACCGGUCUAAGAUCUUCGAAAUCAGCACCCACGAGGAAAAACCCUAAAAGGGCUAAAAGGGUUUCGCAGUCGCAUUCCCACUCCCGGCCGUUGGAGCUCUACGGUUUCAGUGAUUUUGAUGAGCUAAAAAAGUUAUCUGAGGAAUUUGAUCAAGGGUUUACACAGUUCAAGGUAACAUCUGGUUCAAGAAGUAGCAAAGAUCAAUGGGUUGAAAAGUAUAAACCUAGCUGCCUGGAAGAGCUUGCAGUUCAUAAAAAGAAGGUUGAAGAAGUUAAAAGGUGGCUUGAGGAGAAACUCCAAAAUUCUGAGGUUAGUUCACGCAGUAACGUGAUCCUACUUUCUGGUCAAGCUGGAGUUGGAAAAUCUGCUACAAUUUAUGCAAUUGCAUGUCAUCUUGGAGCGGAAGUGCUUGAAUGGAAUGCACCAACACCGACGAUAUGGCAAGAGCACCUGCAUCAUUCUAAUUCUGGGAUACAGUACAUCUCAAAGCUGGACGAAUUUGAAAGUUUUGUUGAGAGAAUAAGGAAAUAUGGAGUGAAUUCCUCAUCUUUGACUCAAGUAUCUCCAUCUCCAGUUAUAUUUUUGGUUGAUGAUCUUCCUGUGGUAAAUGGAAAGAUUGCGGGUGGAAGACUCAAGAGAUGCUUGCAUCUUCUUGUGCAAUCUGUUUGUCUUCCAACAGCCAUAUUAAUCAAUGACUGUGGUAGAUCUGAGUAUGUGGACCACGGCAGUCGGUAUUGGGAAGAACUUCAGCUAUCUCUACAAAAUGCUGGGGCUUUUAAGGUUACAUUUAACCCAGUUACUGUCAAUUCCAUCAAAAAAGUUCUUUCCAAGAUAUGCAAAGCAGAGAGGUUUGAAGUAAGUGAUGCUGAGAUUGGCGAAAUAGCAAAAGCCAGUGGAGGUGAUAUUAGACAUGCAAUUACAUCUUUACAGUACUUCUCUUUGAAACCACAUUCGGUGCAUUCUACAUCUCUUUCAAAGACUCUUCCAGCUAGUCUAGAAGAUAAAGUGGCCGGAAGUGCUGACUUGGAUGGUGGAUUUCCAAUGCCAUUUGGAAAAGAUGAAACCAUAUCUUUAUUUCAUGCUUUGGGUAAAUUUUUGCACAACAAAAGAGAGGAUGGAGGUGUUGGUUCAGAUGGAGCAAUUCGUCUCAAGGAGAAAUAUGUCCGGUGCCCACUCAAAAUGGAUGCUCCAGAGUUGGUGCUUAGCCAGGCACAUUGCCAGGCAAGGAGUGUUGGAGAUUUUCUUCAUGAAAAUGUUUUGGAUUUUUUGAGCGAGGAGGCAAUCGAAGAUGCAUGGGUUGUCAGUACGUAUUUAAGUGAUACUGACUUGCUCCUUAGUCCCCCAAGAGGAUCUUUGCUUCGAAACUUUGAAGCUGAGAAUCUCGUACAAUCCAUUGCUGCAUCAGUUGCCGUUCGUGGAGUCUUAUUUGGAAAUACUAAUCCAGUGUCUAGGUGGCAUGCUAUUCGCCGUCCGAGGAUUUGGCAAGUUGAACAAUCAAUACGGCUCAAUAAGUUUCAAAUGGUGAGUGAAAGAACACAAGGACGUACCAGUAUAAUCUUGAAUAGAACUUCGGCUAUAGCGACUGAGUUUCGGCCUGCUCUUAAUUAUUGGCUCAGAUGCCGAACACCCGAAAGUAAUGAAGUUUAUUCCAUUCAAGACAAGCAUUGUGAUUCUGGUUUGGACAGCAAUGCUGAUGAUGAAGAUGAAGAUGAAAUAGAAGAGUGGUAAAUAUUUGUUGGGUAAUGGUUUCUCUUAGUUCUAUUUGUCUUUUGUGAUUCUGUAUAUAAACUGUGUAUCUUUGGAUUGGAUUGACUCUUCUAAUGGUUGUAUAGAGUGUUUCCAAAACACGGUAGUUUAUUCAACAUAACAUAGUACUGUUGUAGAGUUUGUGGUUUUUUGUUGAGAUCUCGA